AUGGCUGGUCAUUCGCAUAGAUCUUCGAUCAAAAAUGGUCACAAAGGAUUUAAAUCUAGGCAUUCGUCUAAAGGUGCUUUGAAGCGCCUAUACAAGGGAAAAGUUGAGAAGAGCACCGGCGGAACUUCGAAGGCUUCUAAACCACAGUCAAAAUUGCAAAGAAAGAACAUCGCAAAGCAAUUGAGGGACCAGAAGCUACUCAGUACUAUGGAGAUGAAGAGACUUUUUGAGGGAAACAAUGGUGCUGAGAAAAUUGUCACUAUUAUACCAUUGACAGAUGACGUGAACGCAACUGACAUUUUUUACAAGCUGUUUUCAUCAGUUGAUAUGAUCGAGGAUGCCUCAGGUUCUCUCUCAGAGGGCCCGUUUGUCAAGGACGUUCAUGUGAAGAAUUUUAAGAGUAAUUUUAAAAUCAUUAGCCCUGAUAUGAACAGCUUUAUGAACAUCUUGGAUAGUGCCAAAGUGGCUGAUUACGUGGUUUUUGGUCUUAGUGGUGCCAGUGAAGUGGAUUCCGAAUUUGGUGAACAAGUCAUCAGAGCACUUGAGCUUCAAGGUAUUGCUUCCUAUAUGGGGGUUGUCACGAACCUUUCUGCUGUGCACGAAAAGGAAAAAUUUCAGCUAGACGUCAAACAAUCGUUAGAAAGUUAUUUCAAGCAUUUUUUCCCAAGUGAGCAACGUAUAUACAAUUUGGAAAAGGCGAGUGAAUCUGCAAAUGCAUUGAGGGUUCUAUGUCAAAAAUUUCCUCGCGGUGUUCAGUGGAGAGAUAACAGAGGUUAUAUGGUGGCAAACCAGGUAGACUUUAUUGAAAGAGAUGCGGAAUUUGGUGAGUUGGUUGUUGAAGGUACCACGCGUGGUAUUGGCUUCAACGCAAAUAGAUUGAUUCAUAUCCCAGACCUGGGGGAUUUCCAAGUGACAAAGAUCGAGAGAUGCCAGUCAUCUGCUAGUAAGAAGAAAACUAAGGAUGAAAUUACAGCACUUGAUGCUGAUUUGAACAAUACUUUUGAGUCAAAUGAGAAUAGAGAGACUUUGGAUGAGUUUGCACCAAUCGAUGCUGAAAUGGAGGAUAUGUCAGAGGGAGAUUUUGAAUACGAUGAUUUGAAAGCCGCUAGAUACGAUGAACACGGCUUUCUACCCGGAAGAGAACAACAUACCGCUAAGGUUCAUGUGCCGAAGGGUACUUCUGAUUACCAAGCUAAAUGGUACCUGGAUGACGUAGUACCCAGUGAUGGCGAGGAAGAAGAGUGUGCAUCAAUAGAUGAGGACGUUGCUGAUAUGGACGAGGGAAUGGAUCUAGAUCAGCAAGACUACGAUCAAGAAGAUUUAGAUGGUGAUGAUAGGGAUGUUAAUGACACUACGUUUGUUGAUUUAUCGCCUGCAGAAGAAGCUCGCCAGUUGAAUGAAUAUAGAGCCCUAGAGAAGGAAGAUAGAGAAUUCCCUGAUGAAAUUGAGCUGGACCCAAGCGAGUCGGCCAUUGAACGCCUGAAGAGAUACAGAGGGUUGAAAAAUCUUCACAAUUGUGCAUGGGACGUAAACGAAAAGGAUCCACAUGCACCAGCGGAGUGGAAACGUUUAUUGAGAAUCUCCAAUUAUAAAAACACUCGUAGUAAGAUUCUUAAAGAGGCAAAAAACGAAGCACAGGUACUAGCUGGUGAGAGAAUAAGACUAUAUUUGAAAUUUCCAAAGGCACUAAUACCAAAAAUAAAUCAUCCUAACCAAAUUGCAUUCGCGGUUUACGGGCUGUUGCUCCAUGAACAUAAGAUUGCGAUGGUUAAUUUAUCUAUUCAAAGAUGGGAAGAAUACGACAAACCUGUUCCUUCGAAGGAGACACUAAUAGUACAAUACGGUGUUAGAAGAUACAGAACCCAACCUCUUUUCUCUUCAGCAUCCAACAGCCCCAACAAUGUGCACAAGUUUGAGAGUUUCUUGCAACCAGAUACCCUAUCGAUUGCCACAUUCUUGGCACCAGUCGAUUUUACACAGUCCCCUGCUAUCUAUUUCAAGGAAUCUCCACUUGAUCCAAAGGGUGUUGAAUUGGUCGGUCAUGGCUCUUUUAUUAACACAGACUUCACUAGAAUUCUGGCAAGAAGAAUUAUUUUGACUGGUCAUCCAUUCAGAUUCCACAAAUCUGUCCUCACAGUUCGUUACAUGUUCUUCAACCCAGAAGACAUCGAAUGGUUCAAGUCUAUCCCACUGUUCACCAAGAGUGGUAGAACAGGUUUCAUCAAGGAAAGAUUGGGUACUCACGGUUAUUUCAAGGCUACUUUCGAUGGUAAAUUGUCAGCCCAAGAUGUCGUCGCUAUGUCUCUAUACAAGCGUAUGUGGCCAAGAAUAUCUCAACCAUGGGUAAAUGAACAAGCUCUUGUCAAAUAG